AUGGCAAAUCCAAAAGGAUUGAUGAUAGCAGGUAUCAUCUUGGCUGUAAUCGGUAUUGCAGCAUUCAUCAUUGCUCUUGCAGCACUCCCACCCGCUUUAUUAAAUGUUAAAAAGAAUGCACUCGAAAAGAACAUCGUCGUCACUUCAGAGUCUAGUGAACGUUAUGAUUCAUGGGCCGGUCAAAGCUCAAUUGAAAACACAUAUACUCAAUAUUAUUAUGCUUAUAACCUUACCAAUCUUGAAGAGGUUAUGACCAAUUCCUCAGCCAUCCCAACUUAUACUCAAGUUGGACCAUUCAACUACCGUUACUAUUGGGACUACUUGAAUGUUAGCUUUGGUGAUGGUGGUGACACUGCCACCUUUUCUCAACGUAAAUGGUACGUUUUUGAAAAUGAAACCUCUGUCUCUGAUGAAAACACUUUGAUUACCAAUAUCAAUCCAACCUUUGUUGGUUUGAUGCAAAUGACUGGAAAUGUCGUUAAUUUUAUCGUUGCUUCUGGUGGUCCAGAAACUGCCCGUUUGUUGAGCAAGACCAACACCUAUUUCAACAACCAACAAUUCAUCACCUUGGCCAUCGGUUACAACUCUAGAGUUGUAUACGGUUUAAAGCUUCAAGGAUUGUUGGCUGCUCUUACCGCUGCCUCUGUACCCGACCCAAUGGCAUACUUUUACAACGCCUGGGCCAACAGCACCACUGUCCCAACCGACGGUCCAGCUGCUGCCUGGGCCAACAUGUUGCCAUUCUUGGGAAUGACCCUCCCACCAACUGGUUCAGGACUCUCUCCAGCUCAAGUUGACAAGCUUUUGAACUCUGCCAACCCAUACGCUCUCACCAACCUUGCAUCUCUCGAAACCUACAUGCAAGCCAUCGGAGGUAACCAAACCGCUGUCGGAGUACUCCUUACCGCUGCUCAAAUCCCACCAUCCAGCUUGAAUGCCGCCAUGGCCGCCAUCUCUUGGUACUUUAACGCAACCAUUCCAAGCAGCAUUGCCUCUCAAUCGGCCGGUUACAUCAUGCAACAAUGUGGUCUCCUUGCUCCAACCCCUCAACCAGAGAUGAUUGGCAUGUGUCAAUUCAUGACCGCCAUUCCAUUGAACGGUACCAGUAUCGAUCAAUACAAUAUGCUCUACCCAGACCUUAACCAAAAUGUCGAAUUGGGUCUCAUCAUUAACAGCACUCUUCUCAAUCUCACUAUCCCACAAUUCCUCGGUCUCAUGGCUGAUUAUGGUGCUGGUAGUUUUGGUUCCAUUGCUGGUGUAUCUGCAUUGGCCAACUAUGCCAGUGGAACGGGUCCAAACGUCUGGAACAAUGUCAUCAACCAAAAUCAAGCCCAAACCUUGUUGGGCUACUUUGGUGGCUUACAAGGUCAAACCGUAAGCACUCUCACCAAUAUCUUGUACACUGAAAGUGGUUUGUUUGCCACAAAGACUGUCGGUGAAUGGUUGUGGACCUGUUCUGGUUUCAAUGACCCACUGCUCAUCUACUUGAAUGCCCCAAUCGCAGGCGGCUGUGCCAUCCAAAAGAACUUUACCACUGCUCUCCCAACCACCGUCUACACUGGUCAAAGUGGAUUCGAAUGGACCAACUGGCUCAUCAGCUGGCACAACCAAACCGAGAUCCAAUGGGCCUCUCCAAUCCCAGUCGAAGGUUACACUGAAUCUGGUCAAUUUGCUCCAGACCACUCGCCAGAAGAACUCAUCGUCUUUGAAGAAAACAUCUACCGUCCAGUCAACCUCGACUAUGUCGAAGAUAUCGACGUUCAAGGCAUCAGCUGUCGUCGUUACUACCUCCGUAACGACUCGUUCCCAGCCAACGCCACCUUCUAUAGUGACAUUGAUGGUCUCGGAAACAUCACCUCUUUCAACGGAGGUGUACCAACCUUUGUCUCGCUCUGGGACAUGUGGGAAGUUCCACAAGAAAUUCUCAGCCAAACCAUCGGUCAAAACACCACCUAUGAAAACGCUGCCGUUCCAUUGGACCUCGAACCAACCUCUGGUAAUGCCCUCUACUAUAACCUCAAGUUGCAAUUGAACUUCCAAAUUCCAAACAUUACCGAAUGGGAUAACGUCGGUGCGUUUUACCCAAACAUUGAGGGUACUACUUUCCUCCCAUCGUGGAAGAUUGGUCAAACUGGUGAUCCAUCCGAAGAUACCAUCGAUGAUCUCAAGAGUGCCCUCAAGCAACUCAAGAUCCUCAAGAUUGUUCCUGUUGUCGUCAUGGCCGUCGUUGGUGGUCUAAUGGGCGUAGCGGGAGUCUUCAUGGCAAUCCGAUGGGGACUUCGCUAUAAGAGAGAUUUGUAG